AUUUUCUGGAUGCUUAAGCCUACAGAGACAUCCAAAGGUGUCAACAGUAUCUUCAUCCAUCCAUCCAUUAUAAUCCUUAAUACACAUGUCCAAAUCUACUCCUCAAAAGCGUUCUACUCUUGCUGAUGUUGUCACUCGUGAAUAUACUAUUCACUUGCACAAGCACGUCUUUGGUCGCUCUUUAAGAAAGCGUACUCCUGCUGCUGUUAAGGCUGUCAAGGCUUUUGCCCAAAAGGCCAUGGGCACUAAGGAUGUUCGUCUUGACCCUGCUUUAAACAAGGCUCUCUGGUCUCGUGGUGUCAAGCACAUCAACCACCGCAUUCGUGUUCGUAUUGCUCGUAAGCGUAAUGACGAUGAAAAUGCUAAGGAAAAGCUCUACUCCUACGUCUCCUAUGUCCCUGUUGCUAACUUUAAGGGUUUGGAAACCACUGUUGUUGACGACAACGAAUAAAUAGACAAUUAAAUAAAGCCUUACUUUAAAACUUAUACCAUUCAUUCAAUUUUGCUUAAACUAGAGUAGCAAUUUUAAAUGCUGAAGCUAUACGAUUAAACAGUCUUUUAUU